GUCUCUUUAAUUAAACUCGCUUCUUCCAAGCAAGCAUUUAGCCACCUCUCUCUAUCCCAUUCUCACAGAUCUACAGUUACGUAAGAAUCAUUCCUCAUUAACGCAAACAACUAGUACUUCAAUCAUUCUCUCUCAUUUUUUUUAACGUCUAUUUUUGCACUAGUAGAAGCCAUGGAAGUUGUUGAUGCAGUGUCUGUUCACGGUAACGGGAAGGCUGAGAUCGAGGAUUUCGAUAUCUCGGCUGUGGUUCAACCGGAGCCUUUGCCUCCGAUUUUGGCGGCGGAAAAUGGAGACAAGCAAAAUGGCAGGGAGAUUGUGUUAGGGAAGAACGUGCACACCACGUGCCUCGAAGUCACGGAACCGGAGGCUAAUGAUGAAUUUACCGGAGACAAAGAAGCGUAUAUGGCUAGCGUUUUGGCUCGCUACCGAAAGAACUUAAUGGAAAGGACCAAAUAUCAUUUAGGUUAUCCUUAUAAUUUGGACUUCGAUUAUGGUGCUUUGGGGCAGUUGCAACAUUUCUCCAUCAACAAUCUAGGCGACCCAUUCAUUGAGAGUAACUACGGUGUCCAUUCAAGACAGUUUGAAGUUGGUGUUCUAGACUGGUUUGCACGUCUUUGGGAGAUUGAGAAAAAUGAAUACUGGGGUUACAUAACUAAUUGUGGUACAGAAGGCAAUCUUCAUGGGAUUCUAGUUGGGAGGGAAGUGCUUCCCGAUGGAGUUCUUUAUGCAUCACGAGAGUCGCAUUAUUCUGUUUUCAAAGCUGCUCGUAUGUAUAGAAUGGAUUGUGAGAAGGUUGAUUGUCUGAUCUCUGGCGAGAUUGACACUGCUGAUUUUAAAGCUAAACUACUUGCUAACAAGGACAAACCAGCCAUUAUUAACGUUAACAUAGGCACAACUGUCAAGGGAGCAGUUGAUGAUCUUGAUCUUGUGAUACAAACCCUUGAAGAAAGUGGAUUUUCGCAAGAUCGAUUCUACAUUCACUGUGAUGGAGCUUUAUUUGGACUCAUGAUGCCUUUUGUCAAACGUGCACCAAAGGUUACUUUCAAAAAGCCCAUUGGAAGCGUUAGUGUUUCUGGCCACAAGUUUGUGGGAUGCCCAAUGCCAUGUGGUGUUCAGAUAACAAGGAUGGAGCACAUUGAUGUUCUCUCGAGAAAUGUUGAGUACCUUGCUUCAAGGGAUGCAACAAUCAUGGGAAGCCGCAAUGGCCAUGCUCCUAUCUUCCUUUGGUACACGCUUAACAGAAAAGGAUAUAAAGGGUUUCAGAAAGAAGUACAGAAGUGUCUCAGAAAUGCUCAUUACUUGAAGGACCGACUGCAUGAUGCUGGGAUAAGUGCUAUGUUGAACGAGCUCAGCAGCACAGUUGUAUUUGAGCGGCCUCUAGAUGAGGAAUUUGUUCGCAGGUGGCAGCUCGCUUGCCAAGGAAAUAUUGCCCAUGUUGUGGUUAUGCCUAGUGUCACAAUUGAGAAGCUGGAUGAUUUCUUGAAUGAAUUAGUUGAAAAACGUUCAACCUGGUAUCGGGAUGGAGGAGUUCAGCCUCCUUGUAUUGCAGCAGAUGUAGGGUGUGAGAAUUGUGCUUGUGCUUUGCACAAGUUAAGUAUAUUAUCAUGAGUGAGAAUUAAUCCACUCUAUAGUAGUAGUUGUUUCAUUAUGUGAGAGCACAGUUAUUGUUUUUGGAAUUUAGAUAUGUUUUUGAGGGUUUUCCCCGUUUUACUA